AUGGCUGCUGAACUCAAUAGGACGCGAACCGCUCCUGAAAGGCACCCACAACGUGCUCAAAAUGACCAGCAGUUGAGCAGGGCUAAAUCUACGCCAGAGGACGAAACCAAGAAUCGACUGUACCCCCCUCAGUUUAUGGACGACCAUGGAUCCCACCGCUACUAUUUCGACUCCGACCAGGACACAACCAGUGAUGACGAAGUCCUGUCAGAUGGGGACAGCACUUCCGCCCGAACGGUGGAGGAAGUCAGAUUUGGCAUUAGGGAUAGUCAAGACGUCGAAGCCAAUCAUCCGCAGAUAAGAAGGGAAAAGUCGACGAGAUCCAUCAAGGAUCCAAACCUGGUCAGUUGGGAGUCCAGCGACGAUCCGCAGAAUCCCAAGAACUGGACCUAUCGGAAAAAGUGGGCGGCAACAUUGAUCGUUUCAGCAUUCACGUUCAUCUCACCAGUCUCAUCGUCAAUGGUAGCCCCUGCGCUCAAUGCCAUUGGCGACAAUCUCAGCAUCAACAACGAGAUCGAAAAAUCACUUACGCUGUCCAUCUUCGUUCUCGCGUACGCGAUCGGACCACUCUUCUUAGGGCCGUUAUCGGAGAUCUUUGGACGAGUGAUCGUUCUGCAAUUGUCCAACUUGUUCUUUCUCGCGUUCAAUAUUGGCUGUGGGUUCGCCCAGUCCAAGGGCCAACUUAUCGCAUUCCGCUUUUUGAGUGGGUUGGGAGGAAGUGCGCCACUGAGCCUCGGUGGUGGCGUCCUUGCAGAUGUGUGGCAUACCGAGGAAAGGGGGAAGUCGAUUAGCAUAUAUUCCCUUGCUCCCCUCCUUGGUCCUGCUGUUGGGCCGAUUGCCGGUGGCUUCAUAGCUGAGAGGACGACAUGGAGAUGGUGUUUUUGGUCAACGUCAAUAGUCGACGCGGGAAUCCAAUGCCUCGGCCUCCUCUAUCUUCGCGAAACAUAUGCCCCCAAGAUCCUAGCGAUCAAAGCAGAACGCCUCCGCAAAGAGACUGGCAAUCCCAAGCUCCAUACCGAAUGGGAAGUCCCAGACCGAACCUUGAGUAAAGUGAUCCAAACCAGCUUAAUCCGUCCCUUUCGACUCCUGGGCACCCAGGUGAUCAUCCAAGUCCUAGCGCUGUACAUGGCAUACCUAUAUGGACUGCUAUAUCUCGUCCUGUCGACUUUUCCAACCGUGUGGCAGGACGUUUACCAUGAAUCCGUUGGUAUCGGUGGUUUGAACUACAUCUCGCUUGGACUUGGCUUCUUCAUCGGCUCACAGACUUCGGCGCGCCUGAACGACAAGAUCUACAUCACGUUGAAACGACGCAAUAACAAUAUCGGCAGACCAGAAUUUCGAGUACCCCUGAUGAUUCCUGGUGCCAUACUAGUGCCGGUAGGCCUCUUCAUCUACGGCUGGACCGCCCGUGCAGAUGUCCACUGGAUCGCGCCCAACAUCGGCGCGGCAAUCUUUUCCGCUGGCGCGAUCAUGGGCUUCCAGUGCACGCAGACAUACAUAGUGGACGCGUAUCCGAGAUUCGCCGCUUCAGCCGUCGCUUCCGCUGUGGUUCUCCGGUCGCUGGCAGGUUUCGGGUUCCCGCUUUUCGCACCGUCUCUGUACUCGGCCUUGCAUCUGGACUGGGGCAAUUCCCUGCUUGGGUUCAUUGGUAUCGUCAUUGGCUUUCCAUCGCCGAUUUUGCUUUGGAAGUAUGGUCAGGCGCUAAGGGAGAAGAGUACUUAUGCUGCUGGGUAA